GAUGACGCCGCGGAGAGCGGCCGUCCGUGGGAGGCGGCGGCGGGCCGGUCCCGCCAUGCCGAAACGCUCCUGCCCCUUCGGGGAGGCGGCCCCGCUCCAGCUGAAAACCCGCGUGGGGCUGCGUGAGCUGAGCCGCGGCGUGCGGGGCGAGGAGUACCGGCGGGAGGUCUUCGAGCGGACCCGGCGGCUGCUCUUCAGGGGCGCCCAGGCGUACAUGGAGGGCGCCUGGCCCGCCAGCCCCGCCGCCGCCCGGGUGGUCAGCCGCUCGCCGGAGCCCGGCGGGGAGGCCCAGGACGGCAGCGCGGGGCGGCGGUGGAGCGGACAGCUCCUCAUCGGCCACGACGGGAGACUGCUGAGGGGCCCCGCCGCCACGGAGAAGGUUCCACCCGUGGGAGUUUCCAAAGCCUGUUCAUCGUGUGUAAGAACUGCUGAUGUCAAGGAAGCAUGUACACAGUGCGACCAGUUCGUCUGCCAGAACUGCAGCAGGCUCUGCAGCUGCUGUAACACAGUUACCUGUUCUUUGUGCUCCACUAUUGAUUGUGAUAUGCCUAUCUGGAAGGGGGCCACUUUGUGCUCUUACCUGGUGUUCCUUAUGUGAUACAGAAUUCAGAAUAUUCAUCCAGUGUCUCUCCACUUGUUGCUCAUGUUAGGACACACUUUUGUGGGAUCAGAAUAGAAAUCGGUUGCUCCUCAUGUGCUUUCAGGUGAGUGUAAAUCUAUUCUGGACACACAAUGUUUUCUUUGUGAGCUAACUAGGAAAAUCAGCCAGGCCUGAAGGUUUUUCCAAGCAGAGAGUUUGCUGAUUUCUGGUCAAAUUUUUUUAAACCGUCACAAACUUCUUAUGAUUACUGACAGCUUGGAUGGUUUUAAUUGUUCUUUCCAUGGUAACUUUGAUAAAAAGAACAAUGGUACACCAGGCUUAACUUCUCAAUAGUUAAGUGUCAAAGACUAAUUUUCCUGUACCCUCCUUGCAAGGUCUUUCUUGGAAAGCGGCUUGUUUGUAUAAGUUUAUCAUCUCCACUGUAAACUUCAUAUUGUCCUGAAUACCCACUCAAAAAUAGCUCAUGAAGUGGUCUGAAAGAUGGUCAGCACUGAAGUGUACAUCUCCAUAAACUAGCUCAUUCUUCAUUUUCCUUUCAUAUCACUGCAGAGACCAGUUUGCUGAGUAUUGUUUGUGCUGUAGGAGUGAGACUAUCAUUAAGUACUACUGCAAAGCCCCUCAAAGUAAUUUGCUUUUACUAUUUUUGAAAACACCAGACUUCUCGUUUUGCAAGCCAACUAUACGUAAGACAAAACUACAGUGGUCUUCAUCUCAGGAAAACGAUGACUUAAGUGGCUGAUUUCAGACUAUAGGAGAAAAGGAAUAGAGCUGAGAGAAAAAAGAAAUUAUCAUGGCACUCAUAGCUAAUACUCAGUUUCCCAAAUUAUUUGCCCUGAAUUCCCAAACAAAGUCUGCCACUCAUGCUUCCCAGCCUUCUCAACUGUGAUUAGUGUGUUUUGCGUGAGGUAACAUUUUUUUACCUAUUCCCCUCCACUCUAGCCAUUUCUAUUUGAAGACACUGAAAGGCCCUUGCAAUGCAAGUUGAGGGACAUCUUUAUUUGACACACUUUUGAAAGCAUACUGGGUAUUUUUACAUUUCAGAAUACUGCAACUAACCAAAAUGGAACAGUAGAUGCAAAGGGUGGGGUGAUAGCUAUUGCUGAAGAGCAGUACUUUUUCAUAGCUGCACAUUGGACGGCUUUGGAUAUAUGAGCCACACUGAGGUACAAGAUGACAUUUUUUUUCUAGCCCCUGUGUAAUACUUUGUAUAACUACACAGAGACACUUCAAAAGCAUUCGUGGCCUUUAGGGUAUCCUGGUGGGAGGGGCAGGUGUCACCUCACUACUAAAUCAACCAUCUGUGUGCUAGCCUAGUGUGCCUGAUGGAUCUGGUUUUUUUCCCUGUUCUGCAUGCUUUGUAGCCAAUUAAAAUGGGAGUUUGCUAGUUCUUACUCCAGUCUUGAUUAUGAGCAACUGUAAAAUGUAUCUUGUCCUCACCCCCAAAACAAACAGAAAAAGUCGUAAGUCAGUCAGGUGAGCUAGUAGUGGAAGUAUUAGUCAGUGUGCAGUAAUUCCACAGUAUUAUCUAUCUUUUCAAAACUGUAGUAGAUUAAGGCAGAUUGAUGCCAGAUCUCUGGUGCAGUUCCCAGCUGUCAGGUAUCAUAGGGUAGAUGAAAAUGUUGCUGUGGUAAUCAUCUUAAAACACAGAGAUGAGUUUUAUGAAUGGGAAGAAUCUGUGGGUUAUUGCAUUUAAAUGUUAGUUUUAGGAAAGAAUUUUAAAACUUGGCUUCAUUUCAUAUGAAGCCUUAAGCAGUGAACAGAAAUGUUUUUCAGUCAAGCAUAUUUUUCAAACUGAAACCUUCAAGUAUGUGUCUGCUUUUUCUCAUUCUCUCCUGACGGUGAGAGACUGAAAAUACUGUUUUACUUCUAGGCUCCUGGAGAGAUGAGACAUGUUGUUUACAAAUGAUUUGUGUUUCAAAGUAGUUGAUAAAUGUGGGGUUUUGGCUCAUUUAUUCACUGCUGUAUUUCAUAGAAAGAUGUCCUCUGUAAACAAUGACAUGGAUUUCAUGGCUUAAAGUUCUUAUUUGUUAUCCUCUAGCCUGCUCCUUGAAAGAUGGUUGUUCAUUAGGACAGAUACCUGAUGCGGAGUGAAGAGCUGGGAGAAGGAAAAAGCAGGAGGGGAGGGCUGGUAAAGAGGGGUUAGUGGCUGGGAGGAGCAGGGCAGGAGGAGCACAGAACAGCGUAGUCAACUCUUGCACAGGGAUGGUGCAUCACACAUGUAAGAAAUGUUCUUUAGUGGGUUGCCAGCUGACUUGCUUCUCUGGCUUCAGAAGGUGUUAAAAACUGCUUCUCAUGUGCUUGUAUCUCCCAAAAGAUUCAAAUAUUAUUGAGGAAAGUUCCUGCUCUAGUCCUGCAGUUCUUAGAUGAACAAUGGGAGGUAGGAUUGGGGACUGUUUUUAAAUCUUUAUAUUGCCUACAGGAAAAAACUAUGGGAAGGGAAGAAUCUUUGGGUGAGAGGUCCAAAGAUUUUCCUCUUUGUCUAAUUUACUCCUACUCACAAGGCUUUGUAUGUUGCCACUGGUCAAGGAGCUGUACGUUGGGUACUCCUAGGACUGCAUAGGAGAGCCAGAGAAACUGGUUUAUUAAUUGAGCAGGAAAUUAUUUUUUAUACUGAGCUUUGUUGUUGUUAUCAUAUGUUCUUCCCCUCCUAUUCUGUGCAAAGUGUCAAAAUUCAAAGUUUGCCUGGUGUUCAGAGGGAAGGAGAUCCUCCGAGGAGCCAGCAUAAUGUUGGGUGAAAAUAUCCUACGGUAAUGAUUUUACAGACGGAUGAGAAACUUCUUCUGAGGCCUGUAUAUCAUUACUGGUGAAAUAAGUCUCCAAGAGCACAGUUUUAUGUCUAAAAGGAAGUCAGCUGAUCUGAUCAGGGUAAAACAAUUUCUUUUAAGCCUAGUAUGUGAGUAAAUACUAGAAAUGUAUGGUUUCAGAGACACCAGAUAUUCCUUUAAAGACAGUCUAAGGUGGUAAAUGACUUCAGUAGUCUCCAGUAUCUACAAUCUGCAUUAGAACAAAACCACACAAUAUUUUGAAGAACUUCAGUAAAAAGAUCAAAUACACUUGAGUUACCUCCUUCAAUAGCAUUUAUCCAUUACAUGCAUCCCUCAUAGUAAUGUUGUGUUCUUGGUGUGUAGAUCAGAUUUAGUGGUUACACAAAUAACCUUAGUCCUGUGUGCACAGUAAUUCCUGGAUGCUUUGCAGAUCAGGUCAGAAGCCUGUUUGCUUUCCAAGAGAAAAGUGAGCCAUUCUACAGAUGAUCCAGACAACCUAAAAAAAAAAAAAAUUAAAACCCAAAAAUCUUAGCUCAGGACACAAAUCUAACCACUGCCAUUGUGUGAUCGGUACAUCUUUUGUUUAAUACAGCCAGCACCUAAGCCUCUGCUGCUCCUUUUGUUUUAGUGUCCUACACAUUUGGACCUUGACUUGUAGCCAAUUCAUAGCCUUUUAAAAAAUUUUUUCUUCUUUCUGGGCAGGUGAUAACUAGAUGCAGUUGUAUUUUAUCUCAGGACAGGGCACAAAAACCAAGUUAUUUGGGUGUAAGCGAAAGAUUAUGUCCUUUUUUUGUUUAUGAAUAUGGGCAAGAUAUUUAUGCUUUGCUUCUGUGCUAUAUUUGCUACCAUCGGCUGUGAGAUACUAAGAUGUGGCAGCAGUCUACAAAUGGUUUAAGUCUUCUGAAUCUUUUCUGAACAGGCACAACCAAGAAGUAGAAAUGGAAACUUUAUCUUUGUCCCUAUGUUUGUUAGGUCUGAUUCUUCUGAAAACACACAACUAGCGUCAAGGUGAAUUGGUUAGACAACAACAAAUGCCAGCACUAUGCAAGUAAUACAUACUUCUGUCUUUCUCCAUGCAGGACCCUUGUAGUAGUUGCAUGAUGGUUUUGUGUUUUGACAAGAUCAGACUGUAUUAAAAAAUUGAAUCCUACCAAAACUUAACUACCAUUAAACUCCUACCUAUGCUGUAUGUGUACAAACUUACAUAUACUACUCCUCUGUAAUUUUUGGUUAGUUGUAAUAUUGUUUCAUCAUGGCAGGUGAUGCAACUAUUAGCUAUUUGUGCCACCUUUACCUUCCAUCCAGAUUCUGAUAGUGCUGACUACCUAGGUGUGAAGUCCUCACUCAGUGCUUGGGGAAACUCCAGUUAGUAUAGAGUGUGGCAGUAUAUCUCCACAGUUUAUUCUGUACACAUCAAGCUUGUCCUCUGUUCUAUGGAGUAGUUUACCAUCGAUUGUUAGACUAAGCUUAGAUCCCAAGCUACUGUAGAAAUGUGUGGGGUUGUCCAAGCGGGGGGGGGGGGAAACUUCAAACCACCCAACAGAAGCACUCUACUGAUGUGCAGAACAAAACUGCUACAGCAGCACUAAGAUUGUAUAGCCAAACUUUGUAGCAUAACAUUGGGUAUUACAGCUUUGCAAAUGUGAAAUGAGAGGAUUGGUGGGAGGCUCUUCCAAGAGACUGUCUUUCUUCCAGCAGGCUUUUGCAUGAGGACAGGUAAGGUUAAGAAAGACCACGUGUACUGUGAUGUUGAGUUUCCUUGUGCUGUUUCUUCCACUGUCUUUAGGGUUUUUCAUUACUGAAUCUUACAGGGGAAGGUAGCAAAGCUUUGAACAUUGUGUUUUGUUCAUUUUGAAGCAAAUUGGUUAACCUAUUAAAAGUAGCCAAGAGGCUUUAGAAAAUGUUAAUGCUUCUUUAAAAAUAAAUAGGAGCUAUGUAAUUCAAAGACCAACAGUGCUUGUGGAUAGAAAAUUGGAAGAAAAUGAUUCUAAAUCUUACUUUCUAUUUUACAUUAAUAAAAUUGCAAUAGAGUGAAAGUGAUCAGACACUGUAUAUUUUAUAAUAUUUUAAUGACUAUCACAGUUAUGUAUAUAACUCUUAUUUCUUUUGUAUAGAUACUUUAUUUCUAAAGAUACUGAAAUACCAUAGUUCUUAUAGUUGAUUGCAUUUUGAACUGCUACCAUUGUAAUACAAGUUUUAAUGAUAUUUGCUAGUGUUGUGUAUUCUGGGCUUUUGUUGUUUUGUUUUUUUCCCUUAGGAAAAGCUGCAGCUGGAAUCAAAUGAUUAUAGCUUACACUUUAAUUACAAGUUUUUAGUUCUUGUGGUUGUGAUUUCCAUUAAAACCUAGUGAUAGAUGUUA